AUGAAGAAGAUUUUAUUGCUGUGUUUGGCAAUUAAUUAUCUAGAAUGUGCUCCUAACCACGGUUCUGUGGUGGAGACACCGAAUGGACCAGUGAGGGGGGUACAAAAUGAAAAGGGAGAUUUCACUAUGUAUCUUGGAGUGCCGUACGGUGUGGUGGACGAAGAUAACCCUUUUGGGGACGCAAAACCACCUCCUAAGUUCACCUCAGUCUACGAAGCGGUGGCUAUAAUACAAAGUGGCGUAGCACUAACACCUUGGAUUUUUGCUAAAAACACUAAUUUAGCACCUGUAAUGGUAGCUAAUGAAUUAGGCUUUAAAGGUGAUGAUGUUAUAGGGGCGCUAGAUUAUUUGAAAGGUUUUAAUGCCGCAGAUGUUAUAAAUGUAACUCAUUCUUUGAAAAUUGAUGAAAGUGAAACAACUCAUCCUUUAACAAGACCGUGCGUUGAGAGUGAAAGUGAUGGCGCAAUUUUAACAGAUUAUCCAGUAAAUUUAAAACCUAAGGUCAAAGAUUUAGAUAUCAUGAUUGGUCAUACGUUUAGAGAAGCAUCAUUCAGAUAUCCAGUUUCUGAUGAAUCGUACUACGAAAAUUAUGUGUUUGACAUCGAACUUGAGCAAGAUUUCAAUGAAAUUUUAGACGAAAAACAUGUCAGAAAUUUCUACAUCAAAGAUGAGAAAACAAGUUUAAACGUUCGUCCACAAAUUUUAGAUUUCGCAUCUGAUUUCGCCUUUGCUCACCCUACAGCAAGAACAGUUGAUAGAUACUUAGAGGCAGGGGUCAGAAAUGUAUAUAGGUAUUUAUUUACGUACCAAGGUGAUAGAAAUGGUAUGUCCAAGAAUACGACCGAUGGAACCAAUCACGGUGAUGAUAUGGGUUAUUUGUGGAAUGAGAACAAUUUACCAGAGGAACCGAAUGCAGCUGAUCAGAAAAUGAUAGAUAUUAUGACUAAAUUGUACACGGAUUUCGCUAAAUAUGGAAACCCAACUCCUUCAGGCCCAACUGACUUAAUACCUGUAAAGUGGGAGCCAACAGUUGGUGAGCAGAGGCCGUAUUUACUCAUAGAUGAACCUCUUUCUCUGGAGCACAGACUCUUCAAUGAAAGAAUGGUGUUCUGGGAUAUGUAUUAUAAAUUACACGCUGAUAAAGUUAAAGGACGGGGCACGUGA